GUCUGUUGAGCUUCGUUGUCCUCCAGCACAAUUUCUUUGUCCUGUUUUCUUUUAAUUUUUAUUGUUGCUAAAUUCCAGCACAAUCAAUUUCAGACCCUUUCUCCACUCAUCUGAACGUGGUACCCUUUCUCUCUCCUCUUCUUCUCAUUCUCUCUCUGUCUAAAACCCUCUCAUUUCAGCAAAUUCAUCACUUCCUCUAUUUACUCUAUGUGUUUGAACAGACUUAUACAAAAAUUCUACAGCUUUUGAGAAGUUUCAAGAAUCUACCAAUGGCGGAAUCGUCGUCGAAAUUUGAUCGGCCGAGCUCUCCUUCUUCUUCGUCUUCUAGUUCCGGCGAAGUUUCCGUCGCCGUUGAGAAGGACAGUGAUGAAAAUGGCAGUAAAACUGGUGAUGAAGGUGCUGCCGUGGACAAUAGAGCGUCAGUUGGUGGUUUAGUUGGCAUUACUGACUCUUCAGUUGAUUACUGUGGCUUCCGAAGCUUUUUUGAAAUGGACCAUCUGAAACUGACCGCAAGCCUGCAAUUUAAUAUGCUAGGGACCCCUGCGAUGGAACUUACAAGAGUAAAUACGUUGCCUCCAGAGAUUUUGACUUCUGAGAAGCCACAAUCACCUUCACAUCAUCUUAAGUUGGAGAGAUCAAAAACUGAGACACCAACACAUAGUAGCGGAUUUGCUCAAGCGGCAGCAAAAAUAUUUGAUAAUAAAAUUUCUGAACAACAGAAGCUCAAAUUGUUGAAGAGAAUAGCUACUGUCAAAGAUGAUGGUACUGUAGAAUUUGAAAUUCCGGGUGAUGUUGAACCCAGAGUGCUUGGAACCGGAUUUGAAAGUGUGCAUAGCGCAGUUGAGGAUGAACCUCUUGAUGCAACAGAACUUCAAUAUAUUCCACCUAUACAGAUUGUAAUGCUUAUCGUUGGAACACGUGGUGAUGUGCAGCCUUUUAUUGCAAUUGGAAAGCGUCUGCAGGAUUUUGGCCAUCGAGUGAGGUUGGCGACGCAUGCAAAUUUCAAAGAGUUUGUCUUGACUGCUGGAUUGGAAUUCUAUCCCCUUGGAGGUGAUCCAAAAAUUUUGGCUGGAUACAUGGUUAAAAACAAAGGAUUUUUACCUUCCGGACCUUCAGAGAUUCCUACUCAGAGAGCUCAGUUGAAGGAUAUUAUAUACUCUCUACUCUCACCCUGCAAAGAACCUGAUAUGGAUACAGGGGUUCCCUUCAAAGCAGACGCAAUUAUUGCUAACCCCCCAGCAUACGGGCAUACACAUGUUGCAGAAGCAUUGAAAAUCCCGAUUCAUAUAUUUUUCACAAUGCCAUGGACGCCAACUAGUGAAUUUCCUCAUCCUUUGUCCCGUGUAAAGCAACCAGCUGGAUAUAGGCUAUCAUAUCAGAUUGUUGACUCCUUGAUUUGGCUAGGAAUACGCGACAUGAUAAAUGAUGUUAGGAAGAAAAAACUGAAACUUCGACCAGUCACAUACUUAAGUGGUUCACAAGGCUCUGAGUCGGAUAUCCCACACGGAUAUAUUUGGAGUCCUCACCUUGUUCCUAAACCAAAAGAUUGGGGACCUAAGAUUGAUGUGGUGGGAUUUUGCUUCCUUGAUCUUGCAUCGGGCUAUGAACCUCCAGAAGUACUUGUAAACUGGCUUAAAGCUGGUCCAAAGCCCAUAUACAUUGGGUUUGGUAGUCUUCCUGUUCAAGAGCCAGAGAAGAUGACCGAAACAAUUGUUAAAGCACUCGAAAUCACUGGACAAAGGGGAAUCAUUAAUAAAGGCUGGGGUGGCCUUGGAAAUAUGGCAGAACCAAAAGAUUCUGUGUAUUUGCUCGAUAACUGUCCCCAUGAUUGGCUUUUCUUGCAGUGUGCUGCAGUGGUGCACCACGGGGGUGCUGGAACAACUGCUGCUGGUCUUAAAGCCGCGUGUCCAACAACUGUUGUCCCUUUUUUUGGUGACCAGCCAUUUUGGGGGGAAAGGGUGCAUGCCAGAGGUGUAGGGCCUCCACCCAUACCGGUCGAUGAAUUUUCACUUGAUAAGCUGGUUGAUGCAAUCAACUUCAUGCUUGAUCCGAAGGUGAAGGAGCAAGCGGUUGAGCUAGCCAAAGCAAUGGAGAACGAAGAUGGAGUCACAGGAGCAGUAAAAGCCUUCUUUAAGCAUCUACCGCGCAAAAAACCUGAUCCUGAGCAAUUGCCUAAACGAUCAAGUGUCUUUUCAAUAAAAAGUUGCUUUGGUUUUUCCUAAAUUUGAGGAGUAAAGAUGUGCUCCAGUUUUUGUGCAUUCUUCACUAGUAAACUGCUGUAUUCCAUUCUUGUGUAAUUAUGUACUCCUAUUAUUUUAUACAUAAUGCCACUGGUGCUCUUCUGACAGGAGGACAUUACAACCUGUUCCAUGCCGGUUCUUACUGGUUUGGGAUUAAGGCGUAAUUGUUGUAAUCAUUACUUUGUUCCAUGAAUUUGUGUGCACAUCGAUUUCCCCAAAAUGAUACCAAUUGUAAUAUUUCAGCAUAGAAGAAUCCGAUUGUAAUGACAGUUCCAAAAUAUCCUUGAAUUCAUCCUCAGUCAUGUUUU